AGCCCCUGGCGCGUCGUGGGGAGCGGAGAGUGACCUGGGUCAGGAGACAGAAGAGCCAGCAGGUUGGGGCGUUGGCUCUGUCGCUAGUUUCCGCGGUAACCUCGGGCACAGUUUCUUUCCCCAUCCUCGGGGCCCGGGGUCCGCGUUAUAAAAUGAGUGGAGGUAUCACGCGACAAGGAGACAGACGCCCCGAAGAUGCUGUCAAGGGGCCGCGAGGCGGCGGCGACGGGGGCCAGCGUUCGGUUCGCCGCACGGCGCUGCACGCCCGGUAGAACGCCCGGAGAGGCGGGCCACCUCGGUCCGAGUUCGAAUCCCGCCUGCGCCACCGACUCGCUGAGGACCCGCAGGCGAGCGACUUCACAAUUUCGAGAAAGGGACGCGGGGUGUGCAGGCCUAUCCUACAGACAAGCUCGGAGGACUACUGUCGGCGGUUCGCGCACAAACAGGCGGCCGCGGUGCGGCGCCGCCCGGACCCGAGCCCACCACCGGCCGCCCCGGCUGUCCCGGCCUGGGCUUGACGGGAGCCAGAGGCCGCGCCCCGCACCGGGCAUGCGCAGCUCCGCGCGCACCCGGAGAGGAGCCGAGGCCGCGGUCGCGCGUCGAGCGGGCCCUCCCGCCUCAGCCUCCCCGUCCGGCCCGGGCCCCUCAACCGCCUGCCGUGAGCCCCACGCCUCGGCGGACGGCCACCGCUUCCCGGCACUCACCGCUACCAGCGCGGCGGGCUCCCGGCCGCUCCUUCGCCUCAGGCCCGCCCCUGCCGCCUCCACCUCAGCCCACCUGCCCGCCGUAGGACAAAGGCGCCACCAACCGACCGGCGCGGGCACGAGGCAAUGGCGGCCGGGGCGGAGAGUGGGGGCAGAGGGCGCGCACGCAGCGGCAGGCGCGACAAUGUCGCAAGAGCGCUUGGGUUUACGGCAGGGCUAAGUUGGGCGUCGAUCUCCUUAGCAAUCAGGGCGGGGAAGUGGCUCCUGGCGGCCGUUGAGAACGCUAGGGGUUGCCUAGUAACGGCUCCAAGGCUAAGGAUGGGUCCAGGCUUGGUCCUCCGACCCCAAAGGCUUCGCCUUUCUUCUGAUAUUCGGAGCGCCUUUUCUCCCAUUCUAACUGUGGAAAUAGAUCAUUUAAAUCCUAAAACACUUUGAUUUCGUUUUUCAUAAAACACAACAAAAAACAAAACACCUUUGGAUGUGUGUGCUGGAGAAUAGUAUAUGUAUUCCCGUUACCUCCGAAUCCCAAGGAACAAAGAAAGCAGAGAGGACCACAAAGGAGUGUGUUUCACUUUGCUGGGUGUAUGAAAAUACAGCCGCUGUCACAGUCCCUGUGCUUCCUGCCAUAGAACCCGGCAUGUUCAAAGGAGGGAAAGCUGGGUGCUGACUAGCUGGCACUGGGAGACGGGGCAGGAGGCAAGGGAGAAGAAGGGAGAAGAAAAGAACCUAAGAGAUUCUUCUCAUCGUUGCCCAACCCCCAUUCUCUAGACC